AAUAAAGGGAGCGUUCCUCCUCCCUCCUCCCUUACCGACCGCCAUAUUGUUUGCGAUAUUCCGUGUGUUCCGUGUUGUACGCACGUUCCUCCGGUUGAGGUUCCUCACACUUUUUUCUCAGCAGCGCGUGUCACCCGCGUAACGUUCUUCUCGCGGACAGUGUUACGGAAAAUCGGCAAACAUUUCGCGCAAGGACAGCAUGAAGAAGAUCAAGGAUUACUCGGACGAGGACGAUUACGAGGUGGACGAUCCGGAUUAUCCGGAGGUCGAGGGCGCCUCCGAGGAGGAGUGGACUCCGGAGGCCGGGACCGAGGCUGGCACUAAAAUAAGGCCACAGAGAGGACCAGGAAAAAAGCGACAGCACUCUGAAGAGGAGGACGAAGAGGAAGAAGAAGACUUCGAAGAGGAUGAAGAGGAAGAGGAAGAGGAAUCUGAUUCUGAUACAGGAAAGAAGUCAAAGAGGAAAAGGCGCUCUAAGAAAGACGAUGAUGAAAAGGAGGAUGAGGAAGAUGACGAUUCUGAUGACAACAGUUUCAACGAAUCUGGAGAGACUCCAAAAGAAUACACAUCUGGUUCAUUCGUUCUUUUAAAAGCUGACGUUGAAUCUAAUAAGAAUAAAGAAAAUAACUUAUCCAGUAAGGGUAAAUCCGAUGUGGAAUCAAGCACUUAUCCAACCUUGUGGAGGAUAGAUGGAAAAGCAUUGCUCCAAAAGUUUCUACCUUUCAAGGAAGAUGGGAAAGUACUGUACAGAAGUACAACGACAUAUUCUGGUUGGCAACAGAGUAACAAAGACCAAUACAUAGCGGUCCACGUGUCCUUUAAAGUGCAAAGUAGACAAGAGACAAUUGUUGAACUUCAUUUUGAUCCAUCGCAACCACAAGAAGUUGUAAAGGAUGAUAAAGAAGAUUAAAUUAGAUCGAGUUUGCUCUUAUUUGUUUAUAUACGUCUUAAGGAAACAUAUGUUAUAAGGAAAGAAAAGACGGAAACAUCCACAUGUACACUAUUCACGAAACAUAUAUAUUUACACACUGUACACAUACACAUGGAUGAUGUUUGACAUGGUACUGUAGCAGGUUCAUAUUUAAAAUAUAAGAUUGGAUGGACCAUGGCUCUGAGUUUAUUACUGGGGGUAGUUUAGCUAUAAUUGAUAUCCCUGACAGAAUAUACAUGUGAGCUUAUCAAGAAAUCUACUCGCUACAUGCAUCGUAUUUACGGAGUUUAGUAACGCAGAACUACUCGAUAAUUUACGAAUGUUUUAUCUUCGACAGAAAUUCAAUGUUACCUAGCAUAAAGGAUGCAUGUUGAUGUUCGAUUUUGUUUAUGAUGUCACCGUUAGUCUGUUUGUGAUUUAAACUCUACAAACGCUGCAUUGGCUUUGUCAUUUAUGCAGCCAUUUCAAGCGCGCCCGUAGUGAGAAAUAAAUGGAACUAUUAAUCUAGUCUGAUAUAGUAAAAAGAAAAACAAUUUUAUAUUUGAAUAAAUGCAAAGAAACAGCUUAAAUUGAGUUACGUAAAUUAUUUGAUUAUAAACGAUUAAUAUAUAUCUUCUUUUGAUUAGAUCUAUCACUAGAAAAAAUGCUAGUUAAUAUCCAAUUGAUAUAAAUAAAGAACUCUACAAGAAAUAUUUCUUACAGUUUCCAUAACUACUACGGACGACGCUAAAUCAGUUCUUGUGUGUCGCUUAUCAUAAUAAGACAAAACUAGCAGAUCCUUCCAGUAAUUGACUGCACUCAUAACUUGUAAAGGGGAUCAGUUGUAUGUACAAAGUUAACUUAUAUUAUUGACGAUAUUAACAUAUUUUGUCUGUUAUUAAAUAGUUUGAUCUCGUCUAUAUCUGGUAUAUCUAUAAAAUUGUGUUAUUUUACACAUCGAUUUAUACGAUAUAGUUUCGCGAUU